AUGUCAGUAGACGGUAGACGUCUGUCGAUCCAAAACCACGCGAAUCAGUCAAUAUUUGUUCAGCCUUUCAUAUCUCCUGUCGACUACGGCGAUCAAGUCCCCUGGAUCCUACCUCCGACUCAUAUGGAGCCUUCUCUAGUCGUUCCUAGAGGUCCCGUGGCCACGGAUCUACUCUUCUACCAAGCGCCAAAGGACGGUUCAGCACCAUAUGACUAUGUUGACAAGCCACUUGACGGCGAUGUUCCAAAGAAUUUUGGGGAGGAAACCCAGACGGUUGAAGUCCAGGACAUCAGAGGCGUGGAGACACAUUUCGACCUUGAAAAGGAUGGAUUUCAAGCAACAUCUGGAAUCGUUUCUCGAGACACCGACUUCACCAACGAUGAGGAAAUCAAAACCACAUAUUACCGAGAAGUGGAACAGUUAAUCCUGCAACAAAUUCCGGGCUCCUUCAAAGUGACGAUAUUCGACCACACUAUCAGAAGAUCUUCCCCCGGCGCUGCUAGAGGCCCGGUCACCACGGUCCACGUCGACCAGACAGCUAGAUCCGGCCCAUGGCGAGUCCAGCUUCACGAUCCUCAGCAAGCGGAAGAGCUACUGAAGGGCCGAGUGAGGAUUAUCAAUGUCUGGCGGCCCCUCAACGGGCCCGUCUGUGGAUUCCCUCUCGCGAUUGCGUCCAUGAACACGGUCUCUCUCGAAGAUCUCGUCCCUGUGGAACACAGAUAUCACGAUAGAAUCGGCGAGACAGCUGCUGUCAAGUACAAUGCGAUUCAACAGUAUUACUAUUGGAGUGGAAUGACAAACGACGAGCGUCUUUUCAUUAAGUGCUAUGACAGCAACGACGGUGAAGGCCCGCAGGGCGUUCCGCACGCAGCUUUCGUUGAUUCGAGAACUCCUCUUUGGGCGCGGUAUCGGGAGAGUAUUGAGGUUAGAACGCUUGUUUACGGAUGA